CGCUGCUCACUUCAGGUUCGCUGACAGCCAGCGGUACAUUCAUACUGUUCGUUCCCAGCACUAGGAGGAGUGUGUCUGCCUUGCAGUCGAGGUUCUUCUUGCUGUGUUCAAAGAUAGUUGGACGGUUGUCUUAUUCAUAUAUUAUAUUUUAAUCUGCCUUUGUGAACGCAGAACCUGUGAGCAUGAAUCCCCUGUGUGGCAGAUGUAACAAAGUGGUGUACCCCACGGAAAAAGUGAACUGCCUGGACAAGUUCUGGCACAAAGGAUGCUUCAGCUGUGAAGUAUGCAAGAUGACUUUAAAUAUGAAGAAUUACAAAGGCUUUGAGAAGAGGCCAUACUGCAAUGCACACUACCCCAAGACCUCCUUCACCAGUGUGGCCGACACCCCGGAAAACCUCCGUCUGAAGCAGCAGAGCAAGAUGCAGAGCCAGGUGCUGUACAAGGAGGACUUUGAGAAGAACAAGGGAAAGAACUUCAGCGUGGUGGCUGACACACCGGAGUUUCAGCGUAUCAAGAAGACGCAAGAUCAGAUCAGCAAUGUGCGUCCACUAGCCGUGCUGCUCUCCUCGUGUUCUGAAUGAAAGUGAUGUUAGGGGCCUCUUGCUCUCAUCCUCUUCCUCCACCAUGGGGAUUCAGAGCCAUGUUCACUCUGCUGGCGUCACGAACGGAUUAUAAAAAGAAGGGGUGAAAGCCCUUGAAAGACUUACUGAUUCACUGCUGCUUCUGCUGGUUUUUAUGCUGAAUAAUUUCAUGCUGAUCCCGUGUCUGAAAUAACAGCAGCAUCAGUGUUAAGACGUGUCUGAGUGUUCCUGCCACAGCACUUUUGUUUUUGCUGGAGCUGUCAGGUCGGGCUGCAUUUCUGCCACAUUUGGCAUUGCCACGGCAGCCUCGUGCCAGGUUGGCGCCAUCAGCCGGACCGGGCCUAACUGACCCAAAUGAACCAAACAAGGGCAACACUGGAAGUAGAAAACAUCUAAGAUUUUCAUAGGACAGAGGCACGGCAGAGGAGGUGGUUUUCUGUGUCUGGUUGGGGGGAGCAAGGUCACUGGCAUGGUCAGUGCCAGAGGUGGCAGCGUGCUGGUAUAAGAAACAUAUGAUGCUGUGUUUGUGCUGGAAGGUAUACCAGUUCAUACCGAAAUAUGUUUUUUAUUGUAUAUGAAUUUUUCAUAUACCGCAAUUUAAAGAGCCUGCACAACGUUCGGAAAGUGGCGCAGCUGGAAACUUUAAGGGGGGGACCUUUUUCAUUGCUGCACCGCUAAAAUGUACCGUGAAAGAUCAGAAACGGAAGAUAUAGCUGACGCUGGAGUUGAAAAUAAUGAGACACUGGAGUUGGUCAGCAAUCGAUUCUCAGAUACUAAUCGGUAUUAAAAAUUUGUAUCUGAUUAGAUACUCAUUUUCACCAUUAUAUUGAUACCAGCUGUGCGGUUUUCGCCUCAUUCGCCACACUUCACACAGCUCCACUACAGCGCACGCACACACUUGUGCAACCCCUCCCCUUCUCUCAAUAGCCGCUGAACGCAUUUGCGCUGGUUGACACGCAUAUACCCAUUUGGCCGAGCAUGGCAUAUGCUGCAGUUGAAGGCACUAAGCAAGCUGCUUUAGUAAAAAAAAAAAAAAAAAAACGCAAAAUUACC